AGCGGCAGACUGAGCUGAUCGGUCAUCAUGGCGGAGCAGAGACAUGCGGAUGAUGGAUCUCAGAUAUGGCCUUGUGAUAUUCGGUGCCAUUGAUGGGUACUCCAGAAAGAUCAUGUACCUUGGAGCUGCAACGGAUAACAAAGCAUCCACUGCCCUUGGUUUUUUCCAUCAGUCAGUGGAGAGACAUGGGUUUCCAUUAAGAGUUCGAGGAGACCAAGGAGUAGAAAAUGUUGAGAUCGCCAGGUGUAUGUUUUCUGUGCGAGGCAGUGGCAGGGGAAGUUACAUGUCAGGAAAAAGCGUGCAUAACCAGCGCAUUGAACGCCUGUGGCGUGACAUAUGGAUGGCGGUUACAAACAUAUAUUACGAUGUUUUGCACAGCCUUGAAGAGGAAGGAUUACUAGAUCCAACUAACAGCCUCCACCUAUUUUGUUGUCAGUAUGUGUUCCUGCCUCGUCUCCAGGCCAGCCUUGCCUCCUUUACUAGGGGGUGGAAUAGCCAUCCUCUCCGCACAGAGGGCAAUCGAUGCACAGACCAGCUGUGGGAAAUUGGACUCCUCCUAAACCCGGUCACUCCUCCACUCCUUUCUGAGAUUGCACAAGACGAAGACUCUGACUGGGACACAGACAGCAUCUCUGAUCAGCCAUGUACGGGAAUUGUAGUUCCUCCAGUUCAAUGCCCUUUAACAGAAGAACUUAAGGCCCAAGUUCAAAUUUUUUUUGACCCAACCACGCACUCUCUAAACUACUGAAGAGAGCGGUUUUAAAUUUUGUGCUACUUCAUACUUAAUGGACGACAUUGAAAUGACUUGUGACCAAAUUAUCAAAGUAAAUGAACAUCCAAUGCAAUUAAUAAAACUCUUGA